UCUUUCUCUCUCUCGCUCGCUCUCUCCAAACUUAAGAUAAUUAUCAGUCAUUUUUUAAAAGAAUACUGUGUAAUUAUAAACACGAUUGUGUCGUGAUAAAUGUCACGUCCAAAAAUAUGAAAAAUUAAUUACUCCAAAUUUGAAUCAUUUAUUGAUGCAUUAAAUAAAUCCGACGAGAUUUUGAAUGCUGAGAUCGUAGCGAAAUUACAGACGCGGAAUAAAGCGGAAGAAAAAUACAAGAAGAAAAGGAAGAAGUACAGCAGAAGAAGAAGAAGAAGAAGAAGAAGAGAAGGGGUGGAGUUAAAUCGAGUGAGUUAGAUAAGAAGACUUGUGGUGUAGUCGUAAAGGGUAUACGCGCCAGCGGAGUUCGUUAGUCUGCGGACGAGCGUCAGCCGAAAUAACGGAAGCAGUUCAAGUAUCGCUUUAACCGUCCACAAUAUUUACAUAUCAAUAAAUACAGGAUUAAUUAAAGAAAGAGACAAACAUGUUAAUUUUUUAAAAUAAAUUUUAAAAUAAAUUAGUGAUAAGUUGGCAGUGAUAAUACGCUAAAUGGAAAAAAACCACUUCCUGUGUACAAAGAAGAAAUAAAAUAGAGGAGAAAUAGGAAAAUGAUAAUGGAUACGUACAUAACGUAGACAUCUGAAAGUGAAUGUUUAAUUAAACGAGGAAAACGAGUUUGUUUAAAGAAGAAGUUGAAUUGCAACGAUCAAGAGCCAAUUACAAGGAAGGAAGAGGAUAAUUGGGGCGAAUUGUUCGGAGAUAGCGACUUAAUUGGACGCCAUAAAGUACUACAGUAAUUUCUGCAGAAAUACCUUUUGCGAGUUAACAAUAGCUACAAUGUAGUGUCACAAAACGAUUCCGUUCGAGAUCAAAGUUCGCGUUGUUGUCGCGGCCACCAGGCAGGGAUCAGUAUUCUGAGAAGGUCACAAAAAUUUAUCGGUAUGAUUAAUGAUGUGUUCUUAACUGGAGAACGAGCGAACGUGAAGAGAUAUGGAAAUUAAUUGAUGCGGUAUACGUGAUAAGACGCCUCGGAAUAUCUUGAGGAGUGUUUUCUCUCUUUCUCUCUGAUGCCUCUCUUUUCUCAGCGAGAAAAUUCAGAGAAUUAAUGAAACUGAUAGAAACCAAUGAAUGAAGGAAGGAGUAACGAGAAGUGUAAACGAAGAGUAUAUGAGGAAAGUUAGCGCGUUUAAUUACGUGCGAUGCGAGGGUCGUUGGUCCGAUCGCGACUAUUUCGCGAGAGAUAGCACGUGAAGCACGGCGAUUUUUGACUGUUUGAAGGAUGCGAAGGAAGAAAAACUGUUUCCUGCGUAUUCGCUAAAAGAUGGAGCAUUUUGCGGCAAACGACACAAUCCCUUCCCCGGAGGAUGGAGACUUCAAGCCAUAUGCACGCUCCGUGACUAUCAUCGCUGCUGUUUGCGCUAUAAUAUUCAGCAUUAUUGGAGUAUUAGGUAAUUUAGUAACGGUAGUCGCAUUAUUAAAAUAUACGAGACUGAGACGACACGCCACCACGAAGUUUGUGAUAAGCCUAAGCAUCUCCGACUUGAUCUUCUCGGCGGUAAACUUGCCUCUAACCGCCAGUAGAUAUUUGAACGAAGCAUGGGUUCUGGGCGAGACCCUAUGCACGUUAUUCCCCUUAUUCUUCUAUGGGAACGUCGCUGUAUCUUUGCUCAGUAUGGUGGCUAUUACUAUCAACAGAUAUAUACUAAUCUCACAGUCGGACAUUUACAACCAAUUAUACACUGGUCGCGGCAUAACGCUGAUGUUAAUAGGCAUAUGGACCCUAAGCUUCCUGAUGCUGCUGCCGCCUUUGUUAGGCAUCUGGGGCACCCUAGGACUGGAUCCAGCCACCUUCUCGUGCACCAUACUGCGGAAAAAUGGUUCGAGCCCGAAGAAGUUCCUGUUCGUUCUGGGCUUUCUCGUACCAUGCGUGGUGAUCAGUGUUUCUUAUCUCUGCAUAUAUUGGCGCGUGCGGAAAAGCCGGAAAAAUCUCGAGGCUCACGCGGCGAUAAGCGGUCGUCCAGGCGGCGGCGGCUUUCAACGACGGGAGGACUCCAGAGUGACCAGAUUGAUGCUCACUAUAUUCCUCUGUUUCCUGAUGUGUUUCAUGCCGCUGAUGCUAGUGAACGUGAUCGAUGACAAGAUGAAGAUUCCGAUACUUCACAUAGUUGCAUCCGUGCUUGCAUGGGCAUCCGCGGUGGUAAACCCUUUUAUUUAUGCCGGCACCAACAAACUGUACAGGGAGGCGUACAAACAGCUUCUGUGUCCCGUUUCGAGGACACCCACGAUCGGUCCUAAACCGACGCAUUCCCACUCGAGCAAGGUCUUGUCGCCUCAUACGACAUAAAAAUAUCUUCCGCGUUCCGAAAAUAAUCGUCCUGGAUUAAUGGACGAUAACGUAAAAAGCUAACGCGUAAUACAAUUUUUCUUCAUAAGAAAUUGAGCGAAUGACUAGUAAAGAAAUAUAACUUCUUUUUACUGAGUUAACUGUUAGAUUACGAAUCUGAAAGUAGUAAAUUUCUGUUUGAUUAAAAACAGAUUGUAUGAUCCUGCUUUAAGAUUAAGUUUGUGUUAGAACAUUUUUUUUUUCUUCAAGCUAAGCAAUAAUUGUUUUAUUUUCAUUUGGAAUAAGAAGCGUAAAAGCAGCGUGAAAA